AUGUCUGCAAAUGAUGCGAUCAACAGCCUCUAUUUCCCAGACUCGACAUCACAUGCCAGUCUGUCAAAGUUGCCGACUUGCUUUCCUGAUCCUCCUUUUCGCCCAAAAUGCUUCAACGGGUUCCCUGUCCUCCGUGGACUGCCUGCACGCAAGCCGGUCGUCAAUCGUCGAUGCCAGAAUGACACGCUCACGCAGCCUUUGUCUUACACUCUCCUGAAGCCCUCAUCUCCGGGCACCACUCAACGCAAUUGUAACUAA